CGGAGCCGGUGGCGGGUGGGGGGCGGCUGGGCCGGUUCUGUGCGAGUCCCUGCGGGCACCGACCGCGCUCCCGCCGCGCCCCGCGCAGCCGCCCCGCGCAGCCGCCCCUCGCCGGCGCCGCUCCGGGGGGCGAUUUGUUUUUGGUUUCUUUUUGCUUUUCCCCCCGUUUUUAAAUUUUCCUCCCGCUUCUCCUCCGCGCCCGGCACUUCCGGCUGGUUUCCGGGCGGUUUCCGGGUGCGCGGCUCCUGUGGCGGCGGGGGCGAUGCUGGAGGCGGCGGCGGGGGCCGCUGCGGGCGGCGCGGAGCAGCGCGGGAGCCGCUUCAGUGUCCUGACGUGGGAGCAGGUGCAGCGGCUGGACCAGAUCCUGGGCGAGGCCGUGCCCAUCCACGGCCGCGGCAACUUCCCCACGCUGUCGGUGCGGCCGCGCACCAUCGUGCAGGUUGUCCGCAGCCGCCUGGAGAAGAAAGGAGUCCCAGUGCACAACGUCAGGCUGAACGGCUCGGCAGCCAGUCACGUCCUACACCAGGACAGCGGCCUGGGCUACAAGGACCUGGACCUCAUUUUCGGGGUGGAUCUGAAGACUGAAGACGUUUUCCAGCUGGUUAAAGACGUGGUCAUGGAUUGCCUGCUCGACUUCCUCCCCGAAGGUGUCAACAAGGACAAGAUCACGCCCAUGACGCUGAAGGAGGCCUAUGUGCAGAAGCUGGUGAAGGUGUGCAACGAGACCGACCGCUGGAGCCUCAUCUCGCUCUCCAACAACAGCGGCAAGAACGUGGAGCUCAAGUUCGUGGACUCUCUGCGGCGCCAGUUCGAGUUCAGCGUGGACUCCUUCCAGAUCAUCCUGGACUCGCUCCUGCUCUUCGGGGAGUGCUCGGAGAACCCCAUGGCCGAGAACUUCCACCCCACGGUGACCGGGGAGAGCAUGUACGGGGACUUCGAGGAGGCCAUGGAGCACCUGCGCAGCCGCGUCAUCGCCACCAGGAACCCCGAGGAGAUCCGGGGCGGGGGCCUCCUCAAGUACUGCAACCUCCUGGUCAGGGGCUUCAAGCCCAAGUCGGAGGUGGACAUGAAGGCGCUGCAGAGGUACAUGUGCUCCAGGUUUUUCAUUGACUUCUCCGACAUCGGCGAGCAGCUGAGGAAGCUGGAGUGUUACCUCCAGAGCCACUUUGUGGGCAUGGAGAGCAACAGAUAUGACUAUUUGAUGACCCUGCACAGGGUGGUGAACGAGAGCACGGUGUGCCUCAUGGGACACGAGAGGAGGCAGACCCUGAACCUCAUUGCCAUGCUGGCCGUGAGGGUCCUGGCUGAGCAGAACAUCAUCCCCACCGUCACAAACGUUACCUGCUACUACCAGCCAGCCCCUUAUGUCAGUGAAAUAAACUUCAACUACUACGUCACCCACGUGCAGCCCUUCCUGCCUUGCAAUCAGUCCUACCCCACGUGGCUUCCCUGUAACUGAGCCGGGACAAACUCCAGGGUCUGUCCUCCGAGGUAUUUCCUUGCCUUGGGGGGGUCGGGAGGGUGGGGAGGGGGAGCGAAAUAAAACCAACCAACCUUCCUAGAACUGCAACAAAAGGAAACUUCCUGGACUCCUGCUUGAGUGUCUCGUUCCUGGGGUUGUUGGGACGAGCCUUGUCUGCUGUACACUGUGAUGGGAAGUGCAGUGUUCUGGAAAUGACUCCUUGUGGAACUGUGGAGGCAAUGGGGUGGGUGGGGGUGUGUGAGGGGAGACUGUAGAAUUACGCUAAGGUAGAGCUGCACUGCCCUGAAAUGGACAUGAAUUGUGGUUUUUUUUUUAGUGCAGGAGGUGUUAUGGGUGUGCAAACUUGUGGUUUCUGCCGAGAGAAGCCAGAGUGGCUAAUUCCUUUGAAGGACCAAAGAAUCCUGUUUAAGUGCCUGUAACAAUAUAAACACAACUGUACUGUAAACCUUUAUUAUUUUUUGCAGGGGCUGAUGGCCCAGAGCUUGAGUGGGGAAUGUCUGAAGAGGAAAAUGUUUCUGUGGUGGGUGGGGAGGGUCGCAAGAUCAUUUCUUAUCCUGGCUGAGGCCAGAGCAGGUUCUGUGUCGCUGGGGGCUUUGGGCAUGGCUUGCUGCCUGUGAAGGACCAGCUGCAGCAAAGAGCUGCCCAGGGGGGCUGCAGACCCCAGGGGGGACUGGAAUGUCUCUGUGGGAAUGCCUGGAACUGGGAACACUGGGGAGGGGGGGAGUGCAUGGUGGAAAACGCUGUGCAGAGCUUGCUGGAAAAAAGGCAGCAGGGAUCUACACAUGGAUUUCUUCAAGCUCCCAAGUCCACAGUGCCAAGUUGAGUUCCUAAAUGAUGAGGCAGAUGAUUUGUCCAGGAGCCUGCCCCAGGCUCCCAUACCUAAUCCUGUAUUUUCUAGGGGAAUUUGAAAUGCUGCUCUUUGGAAUUAUUUUUUUUUUUUAAUUUUUUUUUCUGACAUGCAGUGUGAUUUUAUUGCACAAAGCCAGGGGCCAGCUGGGCCACUGGGGAAGGUGAGGCUUGUCCUUUGAAGCACAAACCAUCCAGGUCACUGGUCAGUCAUUUCCAGCUGUCACUGUGUCCUCCAGGGAGGCUGACAGACCUUUCCACGCUGGAGAUGAUCCCUUGGGCAGGUCCUGUCUCCAGAGCAGCCUCUCCCCAGCUCUGUGCUUCCCUGUGAGCUACUGAGAGCAUUUGAAAUUCCUUCUCUAGCUAGAAAUGGAGCCUGGGGGAGGACGUGGAGGGUGAAGUUAGUUGGCCUUAGGAAAAAAAAAAAAAAAGUCUUCUGAGCAGACCCUGUGGUGUUUGGAGGGUUUGGCUCUCUCAGUCCAAUGUGGCUUUGGAGUUGUUGGGUGUCUGGAGCACAGAGGUUUUUCACAGAGGUGCCUGGAUUGCCGUGGCCCAGGCAGCUCAGGUUUCCCUGUGCAGGGCAGGCAUUCCCUGGGGAUGCUGCUCCAGGAGCACCACGGCUCCCUGAGCUUCCUCCCAGGCUGACAUGCUCCAGAUCUUUACUAACUUGUGGUUUUUUGCUGGGUUUUUUUUUUUGUUUUUGUUUUUUGUGACAAAACUGUAAUAGCCGGGCAGAUUGAAAUAAAGACUAGAUCCUUGGAAUGUGCAGAGCCAGAUUGGUACCUUUUUUGGGGCAAUGUGGAUGGGGAUGAAGGGGUGGGGGUGGCCCAGCUCUGCUCCCCCCGGGUGGGAGGCCCUGACCCCAAGGUUGUUGCAGGUUUUGGCUGCUCCCAGCUUUGCCAAGCCCCUGAGCCUCCUCCCUGCCCUGGGAGCUCGGGAUUCCUGCUUUUGGAAAAGCUGCUUUUGGGAGCCCCUGUGCCACUUCCGUGGCUUGGAGGAAGAGGAGCUUUUUUCUUGGAUUUGAAGCGGAGCGUGGAUGCCACGUAGGAUGAUUUUUACAGGCUGCUCCUACCCCAGACACACUGAACUGAGAUUUCCCCCUUCCCUUUGAGAUGUCAAUCCCCUACAGCUCACCAGGGCACCCUACCAUUGAGAUUGCACUUUUGCUUUAUGGAGUGUGUGUGGUGGGACUCUUGUGAAUGGGUUGAAGCUGAACUUUUCUAGACCUUGCAGUGAUACUGUGCUGCCUCCUGUGAGGGGGCAAUUGGAAGAUUCCAGUAGCUUGAAUGGCACUUGAUUUAUUUUUUUUUUCAUUGUUUGUUUGUUUUAAAUGUCUUUUUUUUUUUUUCCUACGCCUGUAUCACUUGUCAUGCGAUGGGCUUGACAUAGACUCACUAGAUUCUUUAGAAUCUGUUACGAAUAAAUACAGUGUAUUCAAAUUUGUUGGAUUAUUUUGAUUUCCUUGUCCAUCUGGGCAGUUCCAUCUCGGAAGGGGUGAGCUGAGCUCCCAGCUCUGGAUCUGCCUCAGGCCAGAGCAGCUCUGGGCUCCUGUCAGGGCUCUCCUGCAGCUGAGGGAGGUUUCUGUUUUAAACCCUUGAAGCCCAACCUCGCUGCUGGGCGUUUUCCCUUUCCCUGGUGCUGCUGGAGAGGGAGGGUGGCCUGAGGUCCCUGUGCUGGGGGAGAUGCUCCCUGCAGGCUCUCAGGGGUGGCUGGGGCAGCUGAGCUUUGGUUCUGGUGUGCAGCUGACCCUGCAGAGUGGCUCCUGCUGGCACAGGAGGGCCUGGGAGGGUUUAUCUCCAGGAAAAGCUCUGCUGCUGCUGCUGCUGGGGCCAGAUUCCCGUGGGAUGGCUGGCAGCGGGUGCAGCUCCUCCAGCCCUGGCUGCCCUCCAGCCUCAGAUGAAGUUUCACUUCCCCCUGUCAAGCUCCAGGCAGUUCUGGUUCCAGUGCAACAAUGGAGCUGAGAUGUGCCAGUCCCUCUUUGGGACAAACUCGCUGGCUCUGUAUCUCCAGAUUUUUAUGGUCCUGGGCCAAAGCUUCCCUCUGACAACGGGGCUGGGAUGUUCUGGCUGGGCUGGCAGUGUCAGGGUCCCUGUCCCUGCCUGGGCAGGCUCUGCCUUUUGCAGGGCUCCUUUCUCUCCAGUCCUGCUGGGUUUAGAGCUGUCUCCCUCUUCCUGGCACAACCCCAGCAUGAGCUCCCUCCUUUUCCAAGUGUGUCUCACCUAUGGGAGCAGCUCUGAAGGAUCUUGGUGCCUCAGCUGUCUUUGUGUGGGUGGCUGGUCCUGCUGCUGAUGUGUGGUGAAUAAGCUGCCUCUGGAUUUGUGAUCCUGAGCAGAGCAACAAAAGCCCUGACAGAGUCGGCUGGGCAUUGUUGGAGUGGAUCAGGCCAUACAAAGGGAUGCUGGUGGAAAGUACUCGUUGUGAUCAGAAAGGAGCUAUCAAUGUUUACAGCCGAGACUCCCAUCCCUCUUUUGUUAAUUGUCAAAUAAAAAAAAA